AUGACAGCGGCAACAGCAUCCGCUUCUGCGCCUUCCCGCCUCUUCUCUCAUCGCUACAGCGAGUCAACAGUCUCGCCACCGCGCAUUCGAGAGUCGUACCACACGCAAAGCCUCUCACCCUCUUCGUCGAGCUCGAACAUCAGAGAUGCUGCAGCGCAGGCCAUGUCGUUCUCAGCGUCUUCUCCUUCAACCGACACGCCCAGCCAACUUGAUACACCUGCUCGCCGAUUCAGCCACGGCGAUGCUUCUGCCGAGAACAGCAACGUCAAAUACGCUUGCGCAUCUUGCAUCCGUGGCCACCGCACAUCCUCAUGCAACCACAAGGACGGCUCAAAAGGCCCGCUCUAUCCCAUCCGCAGCAAGGGAAGGCCACCGACUCAGUGCGAGAUCUGCCGUAAGAAACGCAGGGAGAGCGGACGUCAUGUUCGAUGUGAUUGCACCGGGAAAAAGACAAGUUCGACAACGGCGCCUGCUCCAUCAGAUAACAAGUCGGCUGCGGCCAAGUCAAACGUCCCUAUCCUGCCGCGCAUCGCAGCAGAGGAUGAUGACCCGCGCCCGGUCAAAAGAGCAAAGACGCAGACCAAAUCAACGGCCUCAGCCCACAGAGACGACGAGGUCGAACAGGCUGAUCAUGCCUUGUCCACCUCGUUUGCCCAUGAUAACGUCUUGCCGCCUAUCCUUGCGCACCAUUCGCCUCACUCUUGGAGCCUACCCAGCAUCCACACUGCACAUCCGUACCCAAGCCGCGUUUCUCAAUCUCCACCCAUUCAGGACUCUGUUCCAACCCGCUACUCGACGCUCUCGCUAUCCAGCCUCAUGAAUCCAUGUGGGUGUCGCAGCACAGGCUCGUGCACAUGUUGCUCCGAACCGCGUCAACGUCGCGUCGCAGCAUUGUCACCCAAGCAGGUCGACUGUGGGCUGGAGGAUGGAUGCGAUCCAUCUCAAUGCUCCUGCUCUGGCGGAUCGUGUCGGCAGCGAAAGCGCUCUGUCGACGUUCAAAAGGACGCAGCUGCAGCGGGGUCGACAUCUUCGACGGAGAAGAGUGCAUGCUGUUCUGGGAAGAGCACCUCCAAAGCGGCUGCGCCUAGCAUAGAGUUGCUGCUGCAAGCGGUGGAUAUGUCGACCGAGUUUGUUCCGCCAGCCUGCGGGUGUGGAGACAACUGUCGGUGCGCACGAUGCGUCGCAAAGCAAGAUUCAGAACAUCGUUCCGGGUCCAAUCGAGCGUCGAGCAUGACCAGUUCCUCCCCGAGCCCGAGGACACCACCUGCAGUCAUGCAAGCAGCUGCACCGGGGUGCGACGACUGCGCAGCAUGCGAUUUGACCCUCGAACGACCGUCCGGUAUCGGUGCUGUGGAUCGGUGGAUGGAGGAUCAGCGCGAGUCGGUGCAUCCUGCCGCCGCAUCGGCUAGCGAUGUCGGCGGUCCCAAACGUAUCCCCGGUGCCUCGUCGGGGUCCGUUGCCGUACCGACACUUCACGGUGGACUUCUGAGCGAUUCGAGCGGAGAGGGUGAGGAGAUGAGAGCGGAAUUGGUGCUGGUGCAUCCGAAGUGCGAGGCAUGUUUGGAGGUGGUUAGGAGCAAAGGUGUUGGUGUUCUCAGCAGGUCAGAGUAG